AUGGAAGUAUUUAUGGCUGUUUAUUUUACAGGGGCUAACUCAAAUUCUGAUAUUACAAGUGGAAGAGAAAAUGGUAAAUUGUUUAAUAUGGAUUGCACAGUAAUAAUUCUUGAGGCAUUAGGAAUAGAAGUUCCUAAAUAUUUUGAUGCUAUAUCUCCUUAUAUUUCUUAUGAACAACCCACUUAUGUCAAAAUCUCAAACGAAAAUGAAAAUGAAAACGCUCAAUUUGACCUUUUAAUCACCCCGCUUCUAGGUAAACAAAUUACGCUUACUGAAAAUACACAAAUAUUUCUUAGCUAUAAUGAAUCUGAAGAUUAUCGUAAAAUGAAAAACAUUCCUUAA